AUGUGGAAGUCAUCAAUGCCCACAUACCAAAUCCUGGAAUCGGCACUCUUCCAAACCAACCGAUGCCUGAACUGCCAAGCCCGCAGCGCCAGAACCCUUUCGCACCUCCGCUCUAUACGCCAUUACGCCACCACUAACAACACGAAAACACCGAGUGAUGCUAGCAAUGCUGAUUUCAAGAUUUCUCCUCGCCCACAAAGAGAGAUACAACCCCUUCGCCGAUCUGUUGCAUUUCAACAGAAUCCAGCCCCUACCCCAAAACCAACUUCCAAGCCUGGAGAUCCGGACUUUGUACCUCCAGUCUUGAGUCGUCCGAUCGGAACACCAGCUCCCCCAGAAGUGGGAGAGAAUACAGGUGUUGAUUCUCGUACAAUUAAGGAACGCCGCGAUGAUUUUGUCGACUAUGAUAAGCACAUCGCGCGACGAAAGGAACUAACACGACAAGUCGCAAAACCUUACUUCCGCGAAUGGUCCAACCUGCAAUUCCACAAGGGUAAAACCUUCAUCUCGAAUCCCCGCAUUUUCCGCGCCGACAAGGCUCUCUACUUCCCCAACAUGCGCGGUAUAACGCUCGCCUCCCCUAAAGAUCCACAGGAUACCACGGCUAUCCUCCGUGGCAAAGUCAGCGUCGUGAGCCUGUUCUGUAGUCUAUGGGGCGAGGAGCAAACAGCCACUUUCGCGGGCAAUUUUGCUGGCGAAGACAGGAACCCGGCGUUGAAGGAGUUGCUGGCCAAGCACUCCAAGUUUGCGCAAAGAAUCGAUCUCAACCUCGAGGAAAACCGCAUGAAGGCAUGGCUGGUGAAGCGGUUUUUGGGUGGCGUGCGCAAGAAGUUCCCCGUCGAGCAACACUCGCGCUACUUUUUGAUUGAGAAAGGAUUUGAUGAGCCAUUGAAGGAGGCAGUUGGAAUGGUGAACAAGUAUGUGGGAUAUGUUUAUCUUGUUGAUGCAGAUUGCCGAAUUCGGUGGGCGGGCAGUGGACCGGCUCAUCCCGAUGAGUUGGAGACCAUGCAUGCUGCAUUGGAGAAAUUGAUUGCGGAGCAGAAGGCUGCUGUUGAGUUGCAGGAAUCAACUCGUCGCUACUAA